AUGACGAAGUGGGAGAAAAAGCACAGUCUGUGUUCCGAUGGGCCAUGGUUCCGUGCUCCACACUUUCUCUACCGGUUGGAGGAGCAAUGGCCGGAGCAACAUAGCGUCACCCCGAACGUUUCCGAGGAGAUUCGAGCAUGCCUUCUAUUCCACGACGUUACGGUGACAGAGCCCACAGCGGUUUUCCAGAUGGAAGGUACUAGUUCGGACAGUAGCAUGCGCUUGCAGAUUCGUGUCGAAUUGCAGAAGAAGCGAGAUGGUUUGAGGAUCGAGGCAGUAUCGACAACCGAAAAUGCGAAGAAGGUAAUGAAGAGAAGUUUGCCAGCAACAAAAGUACCGUUGCAGCGAGAAGAGUAUCGGAAGGCGGAAGUGUACCUUUGGAGAUCGGCACAAGCGGACUGUUUCAUGGACGAAGUCAAGGUGCUAAUGAAGAACCGGGAACUUCCAUACGAGGAGUGGCAUCAAUUGGAGAAGAGUAGCUAUCUUCAUAACCUGAGUCCGUUCUUGGACGAGCAAGACGUGCUGCGAAUGGAAGGAAGAAAACAUCCGGUGACCAACAAGCUGCUCGAGUUCUAUCAUCAACAGGUUGGUCACGGCAACAUGGAAACCGCCGUUAACGAAAUCCGGCAACGCUUUCACAUCCAGAACCUGCGAGCGGAGAUGAAGCGGAUCGUGAGGACCUGCGUGUGGUGUAAGGUGAGGAAGUGCCAACCGAAGAACCCCAGAAUGGCUCCACUGCCGAAGUCGCGUGUUACGCCGAACUUGCCGCCGUUCAGCCACACCGGAGUAGACUACUGUGGACCAUUUAUAGUUACCGUCGGUCGCAGGUCCGAGAAAAGAUAUGUCUGCUUGUUCACCUGUAUGCCAACAAGAGCCGUCCACCUUGAGGUUGCUCACAGCCUGACAACUGAAGUGUGCCUGAUGGCCGUACGGCGCUUCGUAUGCCGUAAAGAAAAACCGCUGGAAUUCUACUCCGACAAUGGGACGAACUUCCAAGCAGCCAGCAAGGAGAUCAUGAAAAGGAUCGAGAUCGAAUGCGAAGACGCGUUCACCGCUUCCAGAACCCGCUGGAACUUCAACCCGCCCAGCGCACCUCACGUGGGUGGGGUUUGGGAGAGGCUAGUACGCUCACUCGAGGCAACGUUGAACGUGCUCAACGAUGGACGAACGUUGACCGACGAAGUGCUGCUGACCACUCUUGCGGAGGCCGAAGAUCUGAUCAAUUCGCGCCCUCUGACGUACGUGUCCUUGGAGCCGGGAGUGGAUGAAGCUUUGACGCCAAAUCAUUUUGUCCAAGGCGUUGGAGCAAUACGAACGGAACAUUCCGUUCAACCAACGAACGAGGCUGACGCUCUCCGAGACCGUUACAAGCGGUCGCAAUUGCUGGCAGAUAAAUUGUGGACUCGGUGGAUUUCUGAGUAUUUGCCGUCGAUCAACCAGCGUACGAACUGGCACUCAGAGUCGUUGCCAUUAGAACGUGGUGACCUAGUGUAUAUCGCGGACGACAUCACAAGGAAGAACUGGAUCCGUGGCAUCGUAGUCGAAACCUACCAAGGAGCGGAUGGUAGAAUCAGGCAGGCUGUAGUAAAGACCGCUAAAGGUGAGUUCAGUUGUGCAGUGUAG